AUGAAGCUCAACGGAGCCUUCUGUGGUUUUUGCUUGGAGGCCCUGCUCCAGCUGGUACGCGUUUACAACAGGGACCAUAGGAUCGGUUCAACAUGGCUUCUCCAGUUUCCCCCAACUCUCUUGCAGAACCGAGAUCCGGGUCUCCCGGAUCCCAGACCGGAGUUCCGCCCACCCCCAAGCCACGGACAACUCGCGGAAAGUACAUUUCCAAAGCUUGUGCAGGAAGAGAAAGAGCAAGUGCAAUGGGAAGAGUCCAUGCUUACGCUGCGCGCGUCAGGCCUUGACCUAAAACUCGGAAGGAUCGAGCAAGCAAUGCGUGAGUUGUGUUUUCAUCUAAAGGCUUCCGAUACCAGCGUUACUCAUGGAUCUAGCGAGGCUGAUGCCCAAGCCCUUCGAACUCUGAGAGAUCAGGUAGCUUCUCUACAAGGGGGAUUGGACUUGUUGCGUCGGCAAUCUCAACAAUCCUCGGAAUCGCAGCCAAGUCCGUUGCAAUCAGAGAUCCCAUUGACGUUUGAACAAUCCUCUUAUAUCCCCUCAAACAGCGGGUCGGUGGCCCCGGCGCUCUGUCCGAAUCCAGUCGUUGACGAUGUGGAAUGCUCCACCGAAGAGUGCAGCAGCCAGCCAUCGGCCAGUUAUACCUUCAACAUCAGCCUUGCUCGUACUCAUCUCCGCACACGAGGUAUUGGAACCACCGACGCGGACCCCGGCAGGUUGUCUGCAUCUGGCAACCCAACUCGGCCGCCUUCUCCUUCGAUACAUACCAGCUGUGGUUCAGAUUUUGGGUCGAUAGAUCCGCUGUGGCUCAUCAAUGAGGAAGAGGCCGUGCGGUUAUGCAACGUUUACGAAGAAGAAAUAGGGAUACAGUAUCCUUUCCUGGAGAUUCAACGGCUCAUUACACAGGUGCGAAAUCUCUAUAGUGCAAUGAACAGUGGUUCACGACUUGGGUUCGCCUUUGCUGCAAUUCCAGGCCCGACUAUAAUUGAUCCCCAGGACCUGAGUUUGAUCAAGAUGGUAUUGUCUACAGCUUUGACCGUCGAAGCAGGUGGUUCCAGUCAACUUGGUAAAUCUCUGUUUCUUGAUGUAAAAAGGUCGUCGAGCAAUGAGUUAUGGAAACCAGCGAGCGUUAAGACUACGAUAUUGUUCACCUUACUGGUACUAAGCCUUUAUGCAAGCAGACUGUAUACUUUUGAGCUCACUGACUUUAAACAGGCUAUAUACAGCUUCAUGACAGGCGAUGAUCUGCAAGCUUGGAGACUUGUGGGCAUCGUUGCGCGAUGGUGUUUGGAGAUGGGCCUCCAUCAGUCCGCAGCCAUAAACAAGACGUUCAAAGAAGCUACCGAACGCAAGAUGGUAAUGAGACUCUUCUGGUGCGUCUACACAUUAGAUCGCAGAUGGGGAUUCGGGGCAGGUCUGCCAUUUGUUAUACACGGUUUUGAUAUAGACCAGCAAUUACCUGGACCAGAUCGAGAAGUUCCUUAUCUGAAGGCCAUGGUUGAGUACAGUCGUAUCGGCGAUAAGGUAUGGGCAACAUCAUACAACUCUGCUCGAGCGACUGGUCCCACUCGUGAUGACGAAGUCUCGUAUAUCCUUUACCGGAUAGAUCAGUGGUUUGAAGAUCUCCCGGAAGAUCUCAGAUUUUGUUCACAUCAGCAAACAACCCGUCCAGCACCAGUAUCUCGCGGUCUUCGGCGACUCCAACUUCUACUUCAUUUGAGGGCCAACCAAAUGAAGAUCCUCCUCCUACAGCCGUUUCUCCAUUCAACAUCCAGCCUCCAGGUCAACCGAUCUAAAGUUCAAUUGCUGGUCAAUCUUGCCAAAGAUACAAUUCAAAGACUGAACUUUCUCAAUCAGUCUACAGAUAUCUAUCAGAACCAGCAGAUGUGCUUCAAUCACUUUUUGGUUUCUGCACUCGGGGUUAUCUUCUUGGUUGUUGCACUCGCACCCGCAGAACAUGCCGCAUUCGUCCGCGAUGAGUUCCAUAUGGCACUGGACCUGAUCCGUGGUCUCAGCGCCAGAUCAUACGUAUCAAGUAGGCUUUGGAGGAGGAUCAGCGACUUGCGGCUUGCCUGGCGGAGGCUGGGACUGAACGCUCCCCAUUCCAGAGGGAGCAGGGAAGCUAGCACGCAGCUUCAUGCACUCGCAACGCCCUUGACAUCUGCCAGCAAUACCUCGCCAAAUAUUGCGCAAACAGAUAUUGAUGAUACCUUUCGGGGCUCAGAGAUGGUUGAGUGGCCCCCAAGCCAAGAAGAACCUUUCACGGAGGCUCAAAUGACGCAAGAGCUGAACGACUUUUUCGCCUCGAUGGACAACGAAAUGGGCUACAACACUUCAUUGACAGGUCUUGGUUUUGGAGAAGAAGGUCCUGGUUCUGCCCAAAGUCCGCGGGAUGAUGCUCUUUUGCCAAAUCUGGACACCUCUGCAAUGGAUGUUUCGCAUCUGUUUGUGGAUAUGCUAUAG